CCCGCAGAGAAACUUGUUCCACAGCACCGAGGAGAGGAGAACUUUUUAAACACCUGUGUGCAGCCUCAAAGUAAUGACACAAACCCACUUCUAAUUUGAGAGAAACGAAGAGACCUGCUCGCGCGCUCAGUGCUCCCCGGUUCGUCGUGCGUAAUUAGUUGAUUCGCAUCAGCCGGUGAAGUCUGUGGAGACCCGGGCUCCAAGUCGCCAGGUGGACUGCGACACGAAGCCUCUCAACUCUCCAGUAAUUCGCGUCAACUUCGCCACAUCCGCCCCAACAUGUACAGCAUGAUGGAGCACGAGCUGAAGCCAACCGGCCAGCCGCCGUCUCACCAGACCUCCCAGGGAAUGUCCCCGGUCACCGGCAACAUGACCGGCGGCAUGGGCGGCAAUGGCAACUCUCACCCGGGCUCCAAGACGGCGUGCGCGCCGGCAGUCGACCCCAUGGAUAAAGUGAAGCGGCCCAUGAACGCCUUCAUGGUCUGGUCCAGGGGACAGAGGCGCAAGAUGGCCCAAGAAAACCCCAAAAUGCACAACUCCGAGAUCAGCAAGCGGCUGGGCGCCGAGUGGAAGCUGCUGACCGACGCCGAGAAGCGGCCUUUCAUCGACGAGGCCAAGCGGCUGCGGGCGGUCCACAUGAAGGACUACCCCGACUACAAGUACAAGCCGCGCCGCAAGACCAAGCCCAUGCUGAAGAAGGACACCCAGGUGGGCAAGUACCCGCUGUCGGCGGGGAGCCUGCUGGCGGCGGCGCAGGGCCAAGGCGGUAGCCCGAGGAUGGACAGCUACGGCUGGGGCCCCACCGGGGGGUACGCCGGCAUGCAGAGCGAGGCCCUCGGCUACACGCAGCAGCUCCACCGGUACGACCUGUCGGCGCUGCAGUACCCGCCCGCCAUGUCCGCGGCGCAGACGUACAUGAACGGAGGCAACUCGUACAGCCCCAUGUCGUACAGCAGCCCCCCGCAGCAGCCCAGCCCCGUCACCAUGUCCAUGGUGAAGGCGGAGCCGGUGUCCCACUCGCCCCCGACGGGGACGCCCAACCACCACCGCGGCCCUCUGCAGGGAGACCUCAGGGACAUGAUCAGCAUGUACAUCCCCGGCCCGGGGGGCGACGCCGGAGACCCCACAGCGGCACAGAGGGGCUACACCAGCGUCCAGCAGCACUACCUGUCUGGAACCGUGCCACUCACACACAUAUAG